AUUGGAGACGACGACGACCAUGGCUGACCAGCAGCACCAAGAUGGUCAACAACAACAACAACAGCAACAACAACAACAAGCACCAGCGCAACAGCAGCAGCAGCAGCAGCAGCAUCCAGACUUGAACUUUUCAAUUCAAGACAUUCUAGGUGACCAUGGCGCAAACAAUGCAUCUUUUCCGAUCGUACAGCACAAUCCAACAGGCAAUGGAGGCGGCAGUGAAGACGGAUCGCAAUACGCGCACUUGCCUGCUGAACUCCAACACAUAUUUAGCAAUAAUGGCAUUGACGAUUUGUCAGCUGCUGAUCCUGCAGUGCAACAACAUGUGCAAGAAAUAUUAUGGAAUAGUAAUAUGAAUAAAGAUCAACAACAACAGCAAAAGCCAUUGAAUGUUGUUUCGCCUUCGUCGUCGUCACAACAAUCAACAACAACAACAACAACAAUAGCCACGCCAACAACGAGUAUGAACGCAAUACCUACUCCUUCACAAGCACACAUUCAAGCUGCUACUCAAUGGCUAAUGCCUACAUCGGCACCAAUGUCCGUACCGCCUCCACAACAACAACAACACCCACAAUCCAUCGUGUCGCAUACUCCUACACCUCCACUCAUCCCACAACAACAUACACCACAGUCUCAACCUCAACAACAGCAUCCUCCUUCACAACCGCAGCCAGGAAGUAAGACUACGACCUUGUUAGAAAAUAUCAUAUCACAACUUUCUCCAGAACGAAAAGAAGAUUUCUUGGGAUUGUUCCGACAAUUACAGACCAAUUCAGUCAGUCCCGAACAAUUCUAUAUCCGAGCCAAAUCCAUGUUAGGUCAACAACAGUAUCAACAACUCGAAGAUUUGAAGAACAAACCAGGUCCUCAAGAUGGGAAAGAUACUGACAAGAAACGUGCUGCUGCUGCUGGUCCAAGCCAGCAGAAUAAUGCACACAUGGCAGGAUUAGUAACGCCACAAAUGAAACGAGCCAAAACCGAACAUAAUAAUAAUAAUAAUAACAGUAAUAAUAAUAAUAUACCACCCGGCAUGCCAAUGGGUCCACCACUGAGUACUCCCAUGAACCCUGCCAUGUUUAAACAGCAAGCACCAGUACAAAACAUUGCUGGUCUGCAAAUACCUCGGGCAGGUGGACCUACUGCACUUCCGGGACAAGCUACUACUACUACUACUACUGCUCCUGCCAAACCAUCAACAUCUACUCCUGCACCUGGACAAGCUGCCUCUGGUGAUCGGAUCGAUUACGAUACGCUUACGGAUGUGAUGGGUUAUGCGGGCGUCGAUUUAAGAGAAGAAGAGCAGCACUUUAUGAAGGAUGGCGAAAUGACAGGAGGUGUUUUACCCGAUGGUGUAGAUCGAUCCAAAACACAAGAGUUCAUGAAUCCUGAGCUAUUAAAAGAGCGUGUGCUCGAAUUAGCAAAACCAUUCGCACUUGGAAAACUCGACAGCGACUUUGUAUCGUACCUAGCGCUGGCUACGCAAGAACGUCUACGAGGCCUUGUCGAACACAUGGUCGUCGCAUCCAAACACCGAACCAUGUCACAACACGUCAGUGCACCACCGCCCGUGGACGAAAACGGCCAUCCACUCUACAAAGUCAUCGUGCAACAAGAUACCAAAAAACAGUUGUUAGCCAUUGAACGUGCCGAACGUGAAGAAGAGCAGAAGCGGAAGGAGGCCGUGGCUGAUAGGGAACGACGGUCGCAGAUGGGUAAAGACGGCGCAGGCGGUGAAGAAGGCCGGUCAAAGAGUAAAAAGAAGGACAAGGAGUCGGCACAGCAGCGCGGUGGUGCCGGUGGUCUCAAUGAUGGCUUGAACAAGAGCGGCAGCGUUGCGAGUGAGACGGCUUUGAUGAAGGCGAUUGGUGGUGUUCGCAAGAGUUGGAUGUUAGCAGGCAAUGCACGGGAUCAACAGGCAGGCGCUGCUCCCGGUGGAACAGGUUCACAACAAGCUGCUACUGCUAGCAGUGGUGGGGAUACAAGUGCACCAGGAACACCUGGCGCCGGUGGUGGUGGUGGUGAUGAUAGCGGACGUGGUCGUGGUCGACCGCGCGGCCGUAAGGCGGGCGAUGCCAAACGAGGCCGUGGUCGAGGUCGUGAUGUGGGUGGAUUGUUCUUACCUCCUUCAACCAUUGGACGACAUCGUCUCGGUGACCCGGCUUCACGCAAGAUCACGGUGCGAGACGCGUUGUUUGCUCUGGAACGCGAUUUCCAAGCUGCCGGUCGAGGAGGUGGCCAACGCACCUUGCUCAAAACUUACAACCAAUGGUUAAAAUAGGUAGUUUUUUCCCCCCCCCAAAGCAGUUCAUAUAAAAAAUAUAUAAAUAUAAAGUAC